AAUAUUUUUUCGCUGUUUGGCACCAGUGUCUCCCAAAAGUCGCCUUCUUUCAAUCUCCGAUUUCUUUCUUUCCUCUCUCUAUAAAACCCUUCAAGGGUGACAAGGGAAGGAGAAGACCCAUUUUCAGAGUUGAGUAGGAAAGCCCUAAAGCCAUGUCUGGAGGUAUUGCUCGUGGUCGUCUCGCUGAGGAGCGCAAGUCAUGGCGGAAGAAUCAUCCUCAUGGUUUUGUGGCGAAGCCGGAGACUAUGCCGGAUGGGACUGUGAAUUUGAUGGUGUGGCAUUGCACGAUUCCGGGCAAGGCUGGUACUGACUGGGAGGGUGGGUACUUCCCACUCACACUUCACUUCAGUGAAGACUACCCUAGCAAGCCUCCAAAGUGCAAAUUCCCAGCAAAUUUCUUCCACCCAAAUGUAUAUCCUUCUGGAACUGUUUGUCUAUCAAUUCUCAAUGAGGACAGUGGUUGGAGACCCGCCAUUACUGUGAAGCAAAUUCUUGUGGGCAUUCAGGAUCUACUUGAUCAGCCAAAUCCAUCUGAUCCGGCACAGACUGAAGGUUAUCACCUCUUCAUUCAGGAUUCUACAGAGUACAAGAGAAGGGUUCGCCAGCAGGCCAAGCAAUACCCACCUCUGGUCUAAUGCAAAACUGGUCUUUGAGACCCAGACUGCUGGUGCUUUGGUAUAUGUCAGUUGCCGCCUUUUGUUUGAAGCAUGUUAUGUCAAACAUCGUUGUUUGGAAGUGUUAGUUAGCAUCAUGUGUAGACUCUACACGGUUAAGCUAUUUUCCCCAUAUCAGACUUGGAUUAACUUGGGUUAAUGUAUUGUCACUAUGCAAGCAGUCCAGUAAUACUGAUCUCAUUCAGAAAAAAGAAACAUAAAACUUACAUUGUCGGGGCAAUGCCUAUUGUGUUGAUUUAUGAGUUUGCCAAAUUCCUUUGAUGCAAA